AUGCCGUACUGCACGAUUCCUGGUUGCACAAAUUGUUCAAAGAAGACAAAAGGGAGUGAUAUAUCGUAUCAUCGUUUGCCAAAUGAUCAGCAAAUGCGAAGAACAUGGCUCAGACGUGUUUGUCGUGACAACCUGCCAAAAGCUAAUUCGUGCUAUGUUUGCAGUGCUCAUUUUACCCCAGAUUGUUUUGAGGGUUCUCUUAAAGAAUUAUUUGGCAUGAAAGGGAAAAAUGCUCUAAAAUCUGGAAGUGUUCCAUCGAUAUUUCCGUUUUUACAUCGCAAACCAGAACGCAAAUUAUCAUAUAAGAGGGCACAAAGCAGAGAGAAAAUUGCGAAAGACGAGGUAAUUUCUGUUACUGUAGAAAUGUAUUUUUCUGUGUGAACAGACUAGAUUGCAAAAUCUAUAAAGGUUAUGGUAGGGGAUGGCAAUUACUAAUUUACUGUAUAUUCUCUAUUAUGGAUGCCAGAGCUUUACUUUUCAGGUCUGUUGGAUGGGGAGGGGGGUAGUCCCAAGGUGGGCUCAAUAGAAUAGGGUUAUAGCUUAAUAUGAAACCACAGAAAAGCAACAUUAUUAGCGUCCGGGGUAAAUUAUUUAUCUAGUCAUUAACAUGAAUGCAGGGGGGGGAUAGAGGAUUUACGGUUUGAUCCAUAAGUACUUUAAUAAUGAAUUAAAAUGGUCCACCGCGUAGCCACGUUUUUGGACUAUUUUAAUUUAAAAGUGGCAAAAAACGUGGAUUUCUUUGCAGGAAGUAGCAAGCCUACUAACAAUAAACAGCGAAGAGCAUGAAAUGGGCAAUACAUGUAUUGAACAAGAACUACCUAGUACGUCAAGUCACGAUGCAGAAACACAGUGA